AAUGACAGACCCACAUUAUUCCAAUCUAUACGCUUCAUCAGGAAGGUUCAACUUCAUGCCCCUCCACCCUCAUUACUUCCCUUCUUCCUCCUCCUCCUCUUCUUCUUCUUUCAUUUCUAAUCAAAAUUCCAUUAAUAGUUCCCUCUUCUCAUCACCAUCGUAUCCUCUCUAUUUCUCAAACACCAGAUUAUUCUCCGUCCAAUUGGAACCACCCUCUUCAUCAUCUUCUUCUUCCGUGGCAGCACUGCCUCCUCCUCCUUCUUCCCCUCCUCUCAUAGAAGCCCUUCCUUUCAUAAACACUAUAAGCCUCAAAAACCAUAGCAACAACAAUAGCAGUGAUCAAGAAGUAGUGGUGGACAAGAAGAGAAAAGACAACAACAAAAAAGAUCAAGAGAAUCUUUUGGCUGAUGAUGAUUAUGAUGAUAACGAAGGUGUUGCCGUAGCGCUACGAAUAGGGCUUCCUAAUAGCGUGUCUGAUAAUACUUCCGGUAUUGAUGAUCGGCAAAAGAAGAAGAAGAUCUCAUCAAACUCAGAAGAAAUUGUGGGAGAAAAAGAUGAAGUGAUGAGCGUGGUUUCUGAGCAUCACCCUUCGUUGUUAGAGAGAUUUAACAAUAACAAGACACAGUUUCAGUAUUGGAUUCCCACAGCUUCUCAGAUUCUCAUUGGUCCUACUCAGUUCUCAUGCCCAGUCUGCUCCAAGACUUUCAACCGAUACAAUAAUCUUCAGAUGCAUAUGUGGGGACAUGGAUCUCAAUACAGAAAGGGACCAGAUUCUCUAAAAGGAACACAACCAACAGCAAUGCUAAGGCUUCCAUGCUUCUGUUGUGCGCCAGGUUGCAAGCACAACAUAGACCACCCAAGAGCGAGGCCUCUCAAGGACUUCAGAACCCUCCAAACGCAUUACAAGCGAAAGCACGGUGUAAAACCCUACGCUUGCCGGAAAUGUGGCAAGCCGUUUGCCGUGAAAGGCGAUUGGCGGACGCAUGAGAAGAACUGCGGCAAGAUCUGGUAUUGUUUGUGUGGGUCUGAUUUCAAGCAUAAGAGGUCCCUGAAGGAUCAUGUCAAAGCCUUUGGCCAUGGACAUGGUGCUUUUGGUAUUGAUUGCAUGCAAGAGGAGGAUGAAGCAGCUUCCGAAGUUGAACAUGAUGGUGAUUGCUCCUUGUAGAACCUGGAAUAAUUAAACCCAAGUUUACAUAUCAUAUAUUACGUAAUAUGUAUAAAUGAUUGUAAUAGACUAUUGUAUAAUGAUACCCUUCUUAUUUACCUUGCUCAAA